CUCGGAGGAAGCGGGAACCCCGUCAUCCUCGCUUGGGUCUGUGUAGCUGCACGCUGGCUCGCCCGCUAAUUUAAAAAAAAUACAAAGCUCCACAGAUGGCUUGUGAGAAAGAAAUAUGGCAGAAGAUUGGAGAAGGCUUUGUCCAAGAAUAUUACAACCAGUUUGACAAUACCAACAGGACAGCACUGGGUAACCUCUAUUCUCCUGAGGCCUGUUUGACAUGGGAAGGAUCCCCUUUUCAGGGGAGAGAUGCGAUCACUAGCAAAUUAGCAAGUUUGCCUUUCAAGCGAAUUAAGCACAUCAUCACAGAACAAGACUGCCAGCCCACGGUAGAUGGUUGUAUCCUCAUCAUGGUGUUUGGGCAGUUACAGGCAGAUGAAGAUCAACCUAUGGCCUUUCACCAAGUGUUUAUGCUGAAGUCCGUAAACUGCUCGUGGGCCUGCACAAACGACGUGUUCCGGUUGGGGGUACACAACAUACCAGUGUAGCCAUCUGAACCUGUUGGUUCGCACAGAUUAACAUCCUGCUCAGAAAGGCCUACUAUGGCCAUGCUGUCAUUGAAAACACAAGGGAUUACAUGCAGACUUCCACCAUGUUCACAAUGCAUCUACAUGCAUGCUCAUUGUAUGAAAGAUGUGUUAUAUUACAUUCCUGUCCAAUAAAAGAGUUCAUCAUUGAAA